GACACGGAGGCAGACUGCCCUCGCUGGUGGGUGGGGACACAGAGUUACUACCCUCCCUGGGGGGGGUGGGGACACAGAGAUACUACCCUCCCUGGGGGGGGGUGGGGACACACAGGGAGAUACUACCCUCCCUGGGGGGGUGGGGACACACGGAGACUCCUCCUUGGGUUGUGGGUGUGAUGGAGGUGAAGGGGCCGGUGGAGCCUGUCCCCCGGGGGGUGUUGCGGGGCCGCUGGGCGAUGCUGGGCCCCGGCGGAAGGGCCUUCCUGCAGGUGCUGCUGCUGUGCGGGCUGUGCGUGUCCGCUCUGGGCAGCGGCCUGAUGGACCGGGUCUACACCGAGCUCGGCUACGGGCACUACGCGGAGCGGCGGGUGGCCUGGCUGCCCCGCUUCCUGGCCAUGCCGUGUAACUGCCUGGUGAACCUGGGCUACAUGGGGCUGGGGGCCUACUGGCUGCGGAGGGAGGCGGCGCCGGGCCCGGGCCAGGAGCAGGCCUACCGCCAGGCGGUGUUCGCCUGGAUGGCGCUGGUGUACGGCCCGGUGCAGUGGGUCCGCCUCAGCAGCCAGGCCCAGCGGGCGGCCGCCCUCGAUCAGUGGCUCACGCUGCCCAUCUUCGCCUGGGUGCCGGCCUGGGUGGCCGAGUUACUGCGGAGCCGGGGGCAGCGAGGUCCCCGGGCCCGGGCCUGGGCCUCGUCCCCGCUGCUCACGCAGGCCGCCUCGGUCUGCAGUUACGGCCUGGCGCUGGCCCACCGCCGGGGCUUCGAGCUGGCCCUGGGGGCCCACAUCGCGGCGGCGGUGCUCUCCGGCCUGGCGGCUCAGUCCGCUCUCGGUGGCCGGGCCUCCCGCCGGCACCUGGUGCUCGCCAUCGCCUCGUGCUGCGGCUUCGUGGGCCUCAAGCUGCUGGACCAGCCCCUGGCCGCCUGGGGCCUACUGCCCGCGCCCCUCUCCGGCCACUCCUGCUCCAAGGUCUGCGACAUCCUGCAGUUCCACCACAGCUUCUGCUUCCUGGACCUGCUGGCCCGGGAGAAGGAGGCGCGGCGGCACCGCUGAGGGGGAGGUACUGCAUCCGCGUGGCGCCACCAGCGUCUGCACAGCGCCCAUCCCCGCGAAUCCGGAGGGGGGGGGGAUCCAGAACCCCCACUCCUCCCCUGCCCACACGUGUCUCCCCUCCCCCACUUCUCUUUUCCCCACACACCCUCCCCCUCUCCAUCUCCAUCUCCCCCUCCCCAUCUCCCCCUCCCCCUCUCCAUCUAGGCAGCAUGGUGGCACAGUGGUUAGCACUGCUGCCUCACAGCGCCAGAGACCUGGGUUCAAUUCCCGCCUCAGGUGACUGACUGUGUGGAGUUUGCACGUUCUCCCUGUGUCUGCGUGGGUUUCCUCCGGGUGCUCCGGUUUCCUCCCACAUUCCAAAGAUGUGCGGGUCAGGUGAAUUGGCCAUGCUAAAAAAAAAUUGCCCGUAGUGUUAGGUAAGGGGUAUAUGUAGGGGUAUGGGUGGGUUGCGCUUCGGCGGGUCGGUGUGGACUUGUUGGGCCGAAGGGCCUGUUUCCACACUGUAAGUAAUCUAAAUCUAAAUCUCCCCCUCCCCUCUCCUCUCCCCCAUCUCCUCUCCCCCAUCCCCCAUCUCCCCCAUCCCCCCUCCCCAUCUCCCCCAUCCCCCCUCCCCAUCUCCCCCAUCCCCCCACAUCUCCCCCA